UUUCGUUGUCAAUUUUUAACCAAGGAAUCGGCUGUUCGUUUGUAAACAAUUCUAGUGCAGUGUAUUAAACGGUUGUAGAAAAUUCAAUCAGUGUCUGACAAAUAAUACUGUCAGAAACAACAUUAGUGUGUAUAUUACGCUGAUAUAAUUCAACAAAUCUUCAACAUGAGUAAAAAAAAGAAUAUGGCUAUAGAUUUUCACGAUAAUAUGAUUUUGCUCACGAGGAAAUACCUCAAACGAAAGAUUAUGUGUCCUGAAACGAAGUUCAGACACCACGUCAAAGAAAGACUACACAUCUUAGAUCUGUUGAAGAGAACUGUCGAAACUGGAGAAAGUAAUUCAGCUUUACUUAUCGGCCCGAGGGGCUGUGGAAAGACCACGCUGGUCAACAGUGUGUUGAAGGAGUUAGCUUCGUUAAAAUCAUUUAAAGAUGAUGCUUUGGUAGUUAAUCUUCAUGGAUUAGUUCACACAGAUGAUCGUAUGGCACUGAAAGAUGCUACACGUCAAAUGCAGUUAGAAAAUGCAGUUGGUGAUAAAGUUUUUGGGACAUUUGCAGAAAACCUAAGUUUCUUGUUAGAAUGCCUGAAAUCUGGGGAUAAGAAAUGGUCCAAGCCUGUGAUAUUUAUUCUUGAUGAGUUUGAUUUAUUUUGUGCACAUCACAAUCAAACAUUGCUAUACAAUCUAUUUGACGUUGCGCAGUCUGCGCAGGCUCCAAUAUGCGUCUUGGGGCUCACCUGUAGGCUAGAUGUUAUUGAGCUGCUAGAAAAGAGGGUCAAGUCAAGAUUCUCACAUAGGCAGAUAUUUCUUUUUCCCGGUGAUACUUCCGGCUCAGAACAACCGACUUCUGCAUUUGACGAUCGCUUAAAGCUCUUUCAACAUCUAUUAAGUUUACCAGAUGACGAAAACGUCAAUGAGACAGAUCAGCAGUACGAUGACUGUAAAAUAAAUCCCCAAUUUGGAGCUAUGUGGAACGAGUACAUAAAGAGUUUGACAGAAAAUGCGACAAUGGUUAAUUUACUCAAAAGAAUGUACCACAUUGACGUAAGUGAAAGAAAUUUCAGGAAUUUCUUGGCUGUCGUUGUAUCUUCACUAUCAGAGAAACACCAGAAAUUAGAAGUAAAUGACUUUGUUGAAGCAAAUAAAUUCUUCUCACAAGAUGAUAAGGUACUAAUGCUCCAGGGAUUAUCCGUCCUUGAGUUAUGCUUGAUAAUUGCCAUGAAACACCAGACGGAAAUAUACGACGGAGAACCAUUAAAUUUCGAAAUGGUUUUAAAUCGAUACGUUAAAUUUGCCAACCAGAAUUCAUCCGUCCAAACUGUUCAACGGCCUGUGAUAAUGAAGGCUUUUGAACACGUGAAAAAUUUGGAACUCCUCGCGCCAGUCGGAGGGCCGAAUACACGAGUAGAGAAAGAGUAUCAGCUCUAUAAAUUUUUAUUAACACCUCAUCAAGUUGCUGAGGCUGUUAAAAAUUAUCCAGGUCUUCCUACCGAAGUUGCGCAAUGGGCUAUUAGUAGUUUACAAUAGAAAAAAGGAAAACAAAUAGUGCCAGUUAGGUUUGAGGUGAAUAGUUUUCGGGUCCGGCUGCUCGUUUCUGUUCUGAAUUAAUAGAAGGCAGUAGGUGUUUGAAGUGCAGCUUUUGCAGCUACUCAAUUCUUCAUUCUUUGGAUCUCUAACGUUAAUAUCUCUCUGACAAUAGUUUUUUGUCCAUGCAGUAUUCCUAGGGGUUUAGGGAGCUAAUCCUGAAAAAAAUAGCCCAAGUAGUUUCUAGUUGGACUUUGCACGUCGUAGGUAUUCACCAAUUUUAAAUAGUUAAUAUUCAUCAGAAGACCUUGAAUCGAAAGGAAGGUGAUUUAUUUAGGUAUUCAUUUUUUUGAACAAGUCAAUAUUGAUUCGUCAAUAAUUAUAUCGCGUGCGUUUCCAUUUUACUUAUAAUUGAUUGAGUUAUUUAUUACCGAUAUUUGUCUGGAACGUGUGGAUUGCAUUACUUGUAAGACGUGUUUGUAUUUCUAUUUAUACAUUUCUAAUAAAUUUAUAUUUGAAAUCGA